CUGACCUCUCAAAGAAGAAAGGCCUCUGACAAAGGAGACAUUUGGUCACCUUGUACAGGGCAUUAAAAAUAAUUGCUUUGUGUAUCAGAGAAAUUCUCAGACUGUAGCUUUACCAAGCAAACAGAAGAAAAAAAUUCCAGAGAUAUGAGGCAUACAUCUUUGAACUCUGUGUACAAACAGUGCUUCAGCUCUGCUAUUAAUAACACUAUUGGUCGGCGUGGAAGAGAGAGAGAGCAUUAGGAAGAAUUUGCAGGUGUCAAACAGGAAGAACUGUGUUUAAAGGUGGAGAGAUUUAUGUAACUCUUCAUCUGAUGCCAUCUGACUGCAUCCCCUUCAUACCCAGAACUGAGGUUCCAUCCUUGUCUUUUGCUUUUUUACCCAAAGCCAAGAAAUGGAGCCCCCUGAAAUGACCAUCAUCGAAGGUGUGGGGGAUGAAGUAACAGUGGUCGCUGGCAUGAUAGUCCUCAUCAUGGCCCUGGUUCUCUCCUGGCUUUCCACUUAUGUUGCCGACAGUGGCAACCCUCUUCUGGGAACUGUUGUGGCUGCUGGAGACUCAUCAGUGAUCCACCUGAGCCCCAUUGAGCACUAUGUGGGGAAUUCAGUGGCAUCAGAACAUUCUGAGCCCCAGGGUGCUACAGAAGGAGCUGAAGAGAAGGCAGAAGAGGGCCCUGCCCCUGACUCUGGUCCUGCUGUUGAGCAAGGGGACAAUAGCAAUGGUUCAGAUGCUACUCUGGACCGCCUGUUGGACAUUCAAGGUCUUCCCCAAAGGACCUUUUCUAGCAUGGCCGUCUCCCCAGAGCAUCAAGGAUCUCCCCACACAGCACCUGUCACAGAGGAAAGUGGACCUAAUCCAGGGUUUAUCAAAGUGCGCCUGAAAUUUCUCAAUGAUACAGAGGAGGUGGCCACAGUGAGGCCAGAGGACACUGUUGGCAUCCUCAAGAGCAAAUACUUCCCUGGCCAGGAGAACCAGAUGAAGUUUAUCUAUCAAGGCCAGCUUCUCCAGGACCAGGCCCGGACUCUCCGCUCCCUCAACAUCUUGGACAACUGUGUCAUCCACUGCCACCUCUCUCAGACCACCGUCUCGGCCGUUCCAGACACCAUGGUGGCACCCUCAGAGGCUGGAGGGAUUGCUUUGAACAUGGGCAAUCUGAUGAUUCCUGUGUUCGUGGUGAUGCUGGCUGUCAUCUGGUAUUUCCGCCUCAACUACCGCCAGUUGUUCACAGCCCCAGCUACCAUCUCCUUAGUGGGGGUAACCGUAUUUUUCAGUUUCCUUGUUUUUGGAAUGUAUGGACGGUGAGCAACAACACAUUGGGGGAAAGGCCUUGGCUGGCCUUUAAGCAUGGACCCUCUCUCUUCACACUUUUCUCUUGUUUACCCCGCAAGUAAUUUGAGGGGGGGAGUUCUUCUCCAGAAUUCUACAUUAAUGGGAGAUAGUGGAGGGAAAGAGCCCUGCGGACUUUUAAAUUUAGAAACUAUGGAAGUUCAGUAAAUAUUUUUGAAGUAACCCAGUUUGGGUAUUUUUGAAGACUGAUGGUGGAAGGUAGGCAAAAGUAGGACAACUAUUAGGGCAGUCCCUAUUGACUUGCUUUUUGACUUCACACCACCUACCCCAGGUAUUAAACACUCCCCAGCUAUUAGAAGCAUUGCCUAUAUGUCUUCUGGCUUCUCUCUUACUGGGGGGGAAAGAUGUGGCUUCAUUUCACUGUGUCUUUUUCUCCACAACCAUGAGGACCAGGAACUUGCCAAGUAUUCAGAAGAGUAUGUAAGAUAACCUGAUCCUCCUGAGGCCCAGCUUUUGCCACUCAUGUAUUUAAGGACCGUCUCUGAGCCUCACACCAGAGGAAAGGGCUUCUAGCCAAGCAUUGACCUCUCUUUAUUUUACUGCUGCUUUGGAAAACUUGGAAGGAAUGGCCUUGGCACCUGCUUUUCUGCUGUACUUUACUGCAACCUUUUCUUCGAUAGUCAAGCAAUGAGUCCUUGCUGUCUCCCUGACAACAACCAUGCAGUGCUAAUAUCUUUCUCUCUUCCCUGCGGUUGAGCAGAUUGCCCCCCCUCCAAGGCUUUGGUGAGUCAUUCUGAAGCUCUGGCCACACCACACCUUAACUGCAUGGACACCAAGCUCAGAUCAUCUCUCUGCUUUGCAUAUGCUUCAGCCACCAAAGGGCCCUGUGAAGAGCCAAAAAGUAUGCCAUUCUUUCCCAAGGUAGCUCCCAAGAAUGCUGUUAACACUGUAGAACAUCUGCUGUGUGGAAGAAUGAUCCCAGCUCAGCUUGGAUUUCCUGUCCAGUCUUUGUAAUCAGGUUGGAUAAUUUACAUGAGUGGAUGGUGUACUGGGUGUUGGCUGAUGUCCUCCUUUUUCAGGAACAGUUUCCCUUCUGUAUGAAGCCCAGAGAAAACUUGGUGCAAGUAUUAAGAUAAUGCCUUGGCAUUCACUGCAACAUUCAGUAACUAAAAAACAGAGCGUGGGUUGAGCUCUUUCCAAUAAUGCACCCAUGAUAUAAUUGCUUCCUUAGCAUCAACAAGAUUAGCUGCAGGAUAAACAUAAGUCACUCACCAGAUCUCCCAGCUCCCUCCCACAAUCAAAAACAAAAUCUCUUGAAACCCGUAUCUAUUUAAUGGUGAGGAUGGAAAGUGAGAGGAAAGAGAGUUAACUUUCUAGUCCCCAACACUAGAGAAAGAAGCCCACUUUGGAUAGCCAGCAACAAAAAUUACACCUUAAGACUACAUGAAAACUAGUAUCUCACUACUGGCCACAACUUUAAAAUUGAGGCUUUUGUAGAAAGAUUCAACAAAUGAGGCAUUAUGUAAACCUAUAAUUAUGUAUUCUUACUAAAAAAAUCCAUGGAGAUUUCCCUCCCUCUCCAACAGUUAAUUCAAAUUGCCUAUAAGGUACAGGGGGAAUAAAAGUUAGCUCUUGAGCAGCUGUUCUGCAGCCAGUAAGAAUCCUUUCCAAGUCACCAGGCAGACAUGCUUUUGCAUGUGGAAGAGCCAUUUCUUUCCUCCAGUGCACCACAGAUGGCUAACUGAUGGGCUAAUAUUUUUUGUUGGAGCAAUGGGCAGAAGGAAACCCUAGUAACUUUUGCACAUUUGCAUAGCUGGGUUAGUGGGUGGGGGCUUUUAUGUUUAGCAUAGCUGUGGUCUUUGCACAUGAUAACUGAAAGCAAAGCAAAAAGACUGUCAACGCAUGUAUGCGACCUUCCCCGUUAUGCAGAUUGCAGGGGGCUGUCCCUCCCCCCCCCACACACAACACACUACCACCCUAUGAUCUAAAACUGGCCUUCAGCAACCUCCAGUGCUGAAGUGGCUGUGUGGAAAAGACCUGCUCGUAAGCAUGCCAGGCCCCUCCUCUCUUUGCAUGCAAGCUGAGAGGAACAGAACUAUGAGGGCAAGGCUACUCUGUAACAGUUAAGAAUUUUGCCUUGGUUUGUUCUUCACAGUGAUACACAGUCUGGUACUGUACUGCCAUAAGUUGUCCUUGGCUCCGUUGGGCUACUGUCCCUUGCACUGGUCUUAACAUGGAUGAGGUCAUUAACUCUGUCCACCCUUCUUCCUGUCCCAUGACUGUGACCUUAUAUGCUUGCAGUUUAGUAGGUCUGCUUUUGCCACAUAGGGAUUAAAAGGUGGUCCCCAUAAAGGGAAAGAUUGAAGAUUACCUGAAGAAUACAAUUAACAGUGGCAGGAAGAAUGGGGUGGGGCGGGGCAGGGGAGAGAAGCAACUCUUGAUGUAAGCAUCCUGUGCUAAGAAAACCAAAGUUCUGUGAACUGGCUAUAUUAACUAAGCUAGAACGUACCUAUUUAGCUUGUAUAAUCAAUCUCAAUUUUGGAAGCAUGGUAAGGAGUUAUACAGAGCGCUGGUCCUUUGCACUCAACUACUGGGAGCCCUCAACUGCCAGGUAUGGGCUUUAUGCUUUCAAGCUUCUGAGUUGAUCUUGGCAGCCUCAGACAUGGGUAUUAUUUUUAAAAUAAGGGAAAUUCUCAGGCUACACAGUCUCAGGCUACACUGUUUUGCGCAGACACCAAGCCCUGCAUUAAUUUUAAAUUAAGAGUGUUCUGGCAUUCACAAGGAACUGGACUGUGACUCUGAUUCAAACUGCAGGAGGAUAGCCGCAUGAAAGAGGAGCUUCUGCAACAGACCUCUUUAUUUACAUUGGAAAUGCUAACUUUAGGGUUUUCUUGAAGUUAAAGCCCAAGACACCCCCCACAGGGGUUUCUUCAGAACUCUGGAUUCUCUGUUGCAUCCUAAAAAGGAUCUGUAUGGAGCAGUCAUCUACACCAAAAUAUGUACAAAAUACUGGCAUCCUCUGAUUAAAAAAAUACUCUGAAACUCA